AUGGAAUUAGAAAACAUUGUUGCCAAUACCGUGUACCUCAAAGCAAGAGAAGGUGGUACAGAUAGCAAUAAAGGGAAAAGUAAAAAAUGGAAAAAAAUCCUGCAAUUCCCACAUAUAUCUCAGUGUGUUGAUUUUAAACCACUAAUAGAUAUGAAAUACAGCUAUAUUAUAGAUCAACAACCAAUUGGCAGGUUACUUUUUCUUCAAUUUUGUGAAGAAGAACGACAAGAAUUUCAUCGCUACAAUGUAUUUUUAGAUUCUAUUGAAAAAUAUGAAAUAGAAUCUGAUGAAAAUAGAGUAGAACUAGCAAAAAUACUUUAUGAUAGAUAUAUAAGAAGAGACGCAGUUAAUGCUGUGGACGUACUAAGCGAAGACAUGAUAGUUAGAUGUCGGCACCAGUUAGACUCUGCUCAUAGAGAGUUAUUUACUGAUUGCUCAACUGCCGUGAAAUCGUUCUUAGCGGGUCGUCCAUUUAGUUUGUUUGAAUCUUCAAUGUAUUUCCAUAGGUUUUUACAAUGGAAGUGGUUAGAAAGGCAAACUGUUACAUACAAAACAUUCCGCAUGUAUAGAGUACUUGGUAAAGGUGGUUUUGGAGAAGUUUGUGCAUGUCAAGUCAGAGCAACUGGUAAGAUGUACGCUUGUAAAAAAUUGGAAAAGAAACGUAUUAAAAAACGAAAAGGUGAAGCAAUGGUUUUAAUUGAAAAACAAAUCUUACAAAAAAUUAAUUCUAAAUUUGUGGUUAGCUUAGCUUAUGCUUAUGAGACAAAAGAUGCACUGUGUUUAGUAUUGACUAUUAUGAAUGGUGGAGAUUUGAAAUUUCAUAUUUACAACAUGGGGUCAGAACCUGGUUUCGAUAUUUCGAGAUCACGAUUCUAUGCUGCUGAGGUAUUAUGUGGAUUAGAACAUUUACAUGUUCAAGGCAUAGUAUACAGGGAUUGUAAACCUGAAAAUAUACUAUUGGAUGAUGCAGGGCAUGUUCGCAUAUCUGACCUUGGUUUAGCAAUGGAGAUACCCGAAGGUGAAUCAGUCAGAGGAAGAGUAGGCACUGUUGGUUAUAUGGCACCAGAAGUAAUUGAUAACGAAAAGUAUACAUAUAGUACAGAUUGGUUUAGCUUUGGAUGUUUAGUAUUCGAGAUGAUUGAAGGUCAAGCUCCGUUUAGAGCUAGAAAAGAAAAAGUUAAACGUGAAGUAGUUGAUCGGAGAGUUAAAGAAGAACAAGAAAAAUACUCUCAUAAAUUUACUGAAGAAGCCAAACUACUGUGUAAACAACUAUUGAAAAAGUCUCCAAAGUCAAGACUUGGUUGUCAUUAUGGUCGUUACGGUGCAAGGGAAGUGAAACAGCAUGAUUUUUUUAAGACCAUAAACUGGAAAAGACUUGAAGCUGGAGUAGAAGAUCCUCCGUUUCUUCCAGAUCCCCAUGCUGUGUAUGCCAAGGAUGUUUUAGAUAUAGAGCAGUUUUCCACUGUCAAAGGAGUGAAUUUAGAUGCUACAGACGAUACAUUUUACACAAAAUUCAAUACAGGCUCAGUGUCUAUACCAUGGCAAAAUGAAAUGAUUGAAACUGGUUGCUAUAAAGAACUUAAUGUAUUUGGACCAAAUAAAACAAGAUCGCCUGAUUUAAUUUUAGAUUUAAUGCCAGAACCUGAAAAGACUGGUUGUUUUCCAUUUAGUAGAAGAAAAACACAAUCAGCUAGAUCAAAGCCAGUUCCUAUUAAGGAUCAAUGUUUUCUAAAUAAACAAAAUAGAAUUGCCGACGACAUCCAAAGUUGAUGGAAUAUCACAUCCAUAGAG